AUGCUGCUGGGCAUCGUAACUUGCCUCAUCGAGGAGCAUCCUGGACGCGUUCCCGAGGUAAUCUUCGGAACCGAAGAUAUCGACGUCAUGGGUGUUGUUGCGAGAUCGCAAAUAGAGGGUAUUCACGGCACCACCAACGGCGAUGGCGGUCACACCGCCCAAAGGGCCCCAGAGCGCUUAAAGGGCGCAGAGCGCUUAAAGGGCGCAAAGGGCGCAAAGGGCGCAAAGCGCUUAGAGGGCGCAAAAGGCUUAGAGGGCGUAAAGGGUGCUAAGGGCGGCGAGGGCGGCAAGGGCGGCAAGGGCAAGCAAGAGCGCUAA